GCCGCCGAUGUUUUUAGUGUCAGCCGCCGCCGCCGUUAAUAUUUGUCGGCGCUGACUGAAUUAUCCAGUCAGACUUUUUGUUGUAUUUGGGAAAUUGUUUGUUAAAAAGGAGAGUUUAUCAAUAUUACAAUAUUAUAUUAGUCAUUUAAUAAUAAACUUUUACAUAUUAAAAAUUAAUAAAUUAUAAUGGCGUAUAUGCAGCAAGCCCAAAUGCCUGACCAGCAAUUUUUAUGGGAUGUGUUUCAGCGAGUGGACAAAGAUCGCAGCGGCUACAUAUCGGCCGAUGAAUUACAAGUUGCUUUAUCCAAUGGAACGUGGAGUCCAUUUAAUCCUGAGACUGUUCGUUUAAUGAUUGGCAUGUUCGAUCGCGAAAAUCGGGGCACAGUUUCGUUUCACGAUUUUGGUGCUCUUUGGAAGUACGUUACGGAUUGGCAAAACUGUUUCCGAUCAUUUGAUCGUGACAAUUCCGGCAACAUUGAUAAAACUGAAUUAAAGACAGCACUCACAUCUUUUGGUUAUCGGCUUUCCGAUAAUAUUAUUGAUUUGUUGCUCCGUAAGUUUGAUCGUUUUGGUAGGGGAACAAUCUUAUUUGACGAUUUCAUUCAAUGCUGUAUUGUGCUAUACACAUUGACAUCUGCAUUCCGCCAACAUGACACAGAUAUGGAUGGCGUCAUAACUAUUCAUUAUGAACAAUUUUUAAGCAUGGUAUUCUCAUUAAAAAUUUAAUACGAAUCUUUGACAUUGACGUUGAUAUAUGUUAACCUAGUAAUCAUUAUUAACGAAUUCAAAAAUAAUCAAUAGUCUCAAGCUCUAUAUUCCUACGACCGCCUUAUGGUGCCAAAUACUGAAUACGUACGAACAAUACUAAAAUUGUUACAAUCAUAGAUUUUUUUAAUAUUAGUAUGUAUAGUGUCCCAUUUGAUUUUUUCUGACCGAGAAUUAUUGAGAUUUAUUGCUUUUUUUUAUGUGAGAACGCUACCCAGCAAAAAAAAGUGAGGAAAAAGAUGUAGAAUUUUCACCACAAAUAACAUACUUCCAAUUUUGGUGAAAAACCUAUGAAUUUUACAUUAGCGUAUCAUUGGAGGGAUGUUGUUCAAUUUUGACAACUUUGAACUGCAUCUAAUCUUAUUUUUAGAAGCAGUAAAAAUCCGAUAUUUGGAUGUCAAAAAUAAACCACAUUCUUUCAAUGACAUGCUUAUGUAAAUUUCAGUGGUUUUUCACCAAAGUGUGAUGUACUUCAAAUAUGUCAUUUGUAGUGACUUUUUUACAUCUCUUUCCUCACUUUUAACUGGGGUUUCAUUUGUAAGGAAAUAUUAAAGCGAAAAAUAUGUAAUCGCAUUUUUGGAUGUGAUUAAGAUGUCUUUUGUAAAGGAUGACAUCAAUUAUUUUUUGCUGGGUAAGCUUAAAAAAUUUUGUAUUACAACAUGGAAAAAUAAAUUGCGAAUGAAGUUUUGCCGUGAUUAACUAAGGGCAAAGUUUACUUUUUAAAAUGAAAAUAAUAGUUACUUUUCACAUAUUGAGCUCCUUAUUAUGAACUUAUUUAUACAACGGUUUCUCGAAAAGACAUUGGGUCACUAUUAACAUACUAACUACGUAUACUUAAAAAUGAAUCAAAACUAUUUUAAAUUGUAAAAAAAAUAUGAAUCUUUUUUAUGUCUUGUUAAGUAAUAUUUUUGGGUUAACCGUAUUUUAAUUAUUUGUAUUUACUAAGUAUUGUAAAAGUUAAAGAAAAAUAAAAUUUAUUUCAUUUUUCAUAUUAUAAACACAA